AUGCGCCCCACGCACCUCCUCCCCACCCUCCUCGGCCUCACCCAAGCCUACACCCCCCUCUCCACUUCCCUCCUGCAAUCCCUCCCCUCCCCCUCCGACACCGACUACGACCCCACCACAGGCGACCUCCUCUCCCCCUUACUCAUCCCGCGCGUGCCCGGCACGCCCGGCCAGCAAGCCGCCCAGCACCACUUCGCGCGCUUCUUCCGCACCCACCUCCCGCAGUGGGACCUCACCUGGCAGAACUCCUCCGCCACCACCCCGGCCACGGGCGACCGCCGCCUGCCGUUCGCGAACAUGAUCCUGCGGCGCGAUCCGCCGUGGACGAAGGGCCGGCCCGGUGUGGUCGGGUAUUUGACGCUGGUGGCGCAUUAUGAUAGCAAGAUUGAGCCCGAGGGGUUUGUGGGUGCCACGGAUAGCGCGGCGCCGUGCGCGGUGCUGAUGGAUGUGGCCAGGCGGGUGGAGGGGUUUUUGGCGAGGAUGUGGGCGAGGGUGGAGGGGGAGGAGAUGAAGGGGUUGGGCGGGCAGGGCGUGCAGAUUUUGUUGUUGGAUGGGGAGGAGGCGUUUGUGAGGUGGACUGACACGGAUAGUUUGUAUGGGUCGAGGGCGCUCGCGGAAGAGUGGGAGAACACCACGCACCCCGCUCGAUCGACCUUCAAGAACCCGUUGCAGCAGAUCAGCCUGUUCGUGCUGCUCGACCUGUUGGGCGCCGCCGACCCGGAGGUGCCGUCGUACUUCCAGGGCACGCAUUGGGCAUACAAGCGGAUGGCGGCCCUCGAGGGGCGGUUGCGGCAGAUGGGCUUGCUGGAGAGCAAACCGAGUGGGGGCCAGUUCCUGCACGAGAGCGGGAAGAUGGCGACGCAGUUUAGCGGGGGUGCCUUUGUGGGCGACGACCAUGUACCGUUCAUGAUGAGGGGCGCGCCCGUGCUGCAUCUCAUUCCGUCGCCGUUCCCGAAGGUGUGGCAUACGAUGGAUGACGACGCGGCGCAUUUGGAUGUCCCGACUAUCAAGGACUGGGCGAGGAUUGUCACCGCGUUUACGCUGGAGUGGAUGGAUGUGCAGAACACAGAGCCCAAGGGGGAGGGACAGUCAUGA